GUUUAAACAUUUACGAUGCAAUAUUUACAUUGCUCAUGUUCACUGCGUUUACCACUUUGUAAUCAUCUUCCCGUACCUGAUUUGUUACGAAACAUACAAACACGUGGCGUGCUGAUUCACUAUAAAAUAAAUCACACUACUGUUCCUCUUGAGUGUCUCGCUGGGAUAGUGGGUACACCGAGGUAUAACCUGGUACCGAUCAACAAACUCUUAAAAACCGAUCUUGAUCACAUAGAAAAAAUUUCAAACAUGAGAGCUGUCACCGUAGUUAUCUUGAUUAGUUUUUUGCUGGAAACACUAGCACAAAAUUGUGUGAUUAACGUAAGUGAAAGUAGUGUGAAACGCUUGUACAAUCCUAUCCAGAGUGAUGUGCCCUGUCAAACACUGUGGAACAAUCUGGUGAACCAUUUCGGGCACACACAACACAACUUAACCGUAGGCCAGGAACGUGAACUAACACGUGCUUCAGAACCGUCUGUUUCGAACUGUCAGCGAAUGCUCGAGACCGCUAAGCUGGAAAUGCAGGGCGAUCACAACUACUACACUAACACAAUGCAGAAAAAGAUUCAACUAAACGAGUGGAAUGCGAAAAAGUAUCAAGAAGAGCAAGCCACACUACAGCAACGAACCGUGCUACUAGGCAAAGAUUUUAAGUCAUUCUAUCGGAAUUUGAUUUUCCUCAACAUUGGUGCCGGGUCGUCGAAGCUGGCAAUCAAGUACUAUCAUCGCUACCUAGAGGGACACCCUCCGGGUCCACUGUUGAACGAUCUCGUCGAUUCGGUGUACCGUGAUCCUGCCUACGAAAACGAGCGGUUCGAACAUUUGCUUGAUUUCGUACGAAAGCUGGCGGGUUCCAGCUUAAAGCUUUCCCUCUAUAAACUCAUACACCCCGCAAUGAUGAAGCACCCAAUGCAACGCGACAGUUACCGCGCCAUGCUACUAGCCCUGGAUGUCGGACGGAUUGCUUUUGCAAACGAGAAAAAUAUCGAUGGGCGUCGGUUAUACCUGAACAUCUUCCAACCAGCACUGGCCUACCUGAAACGUGCAGUAGAAACAGCCAAUUACGACGAGAUAGUCACCUUUGCCACCAAAUAUCCGAACCAUUUCGAGGAGAUCGAAAAUCGACUCUCUACAUUGGAAACCGACGUAUGGAAUCGUGCCAACUUUAGCCAGUUUGUAACGUACCCGAACCGGCUACCGUUGGGGAAACAGCGCCUGGAAGCGUUCCGUAUGCCACUGCUGCAAAUCAAUAAGCGAAACAAGCACGACUUUACCAAGCGUCUGGUAAUUGUGGCGAAAGAGUUGGAACAGUGUGAAAUGUUUAUCAAGAGUGGCAAAAAUGAACCACGCGAUCAGGACAAGCUCAUCACGGUGAAGGGUUUAUUCGCGAAGCUUGAUCCCAGCAAAGACUAUGAGCAUUACUUGAAGGAAGCGAAAAAGCAGUAGAACACAUUUCUUCUUAUCAUACGCUUAACAUCACCACUGCACCAAGAGGCAAAAUGGCACCUCAUGCUACACUACGGUAAAUUCUUACGUACUACACAAUAAAUAUAAACAUCCUGCAC